CUGCAAAAAAACAGUUGUACCGGAUUGGAUGUUGUUUUUGUGAUCACACACGGACGCCAGGUCUUUUCGUGUAUUUCAACAACUCCGGCUGUCUUUUCUUCUCCGUCUUCUUCUUCUUCGUUGGUCGCAAAACCCUGGAAAAUUAAAUCCCUAAUCAAACCAGUUUCUGUCUCAAUUUUGUUCAAUUGACAGCUCGAAUUGAUCAACAGUGGUUUGAGGAAUUGUAUGGAGAGCUUUGAGGGGAGAGUUUCGUAUUCGUCCCUUCCAAAGAUCGACAAACGCCAACCCCAGUUCCACUAUGAUGACGAGUAUGUCGGUUCCGAUUGGCCCCAGCCAGAACACUGCGGGAAAGUUAGUUACCCUGCAGUGGCAUCCAAGCCCGAUAAGCAUGAUUAUUCGUACCAGUUUCCUCUUGAGUCCGAGGAUUUUGUUGAUGGCAGCGAGUAUGAUUCGAGUGAAGAGCCUUGUGAUUUACCUCAGACUAAUACGCAACCAGAAGUCAAUUUGAAGAAUGUGCUGACUGGGGUAUUUGCCAUUCUGACUGGCCGGAACAAGGCACCGGGUCUUCCAUCAGACAACCAGCUACCUAAUUCAAAUGUUUCAUUUUUGGGAUCAGAAAAAAAUGGUGAUACAUGCUUGCACUCGUCGGUUUAUACACCCAGUGCCCCACCCCUGCUUGAGCCAACAACUUUUAAUUACAACGCAUACAAAGAUGUUUUGGAAGCUGAGCCCCCUGAAUGGCUUCCUGAUAGUUCUACUACAGGUUGCAUGCAGUGCACUUUGCCUUUUACUGCACUUACUCGUGGAAGACAUCAUUGUCGGUUCUGUGGAGGAAUUUUCUGCAGAACAUGUAGUAAAGGAAGGUGCUUGUUACCUGUCAAGUUUAGGGAGAGGAGUCCGCAGAGGGUCUGCGAUGCCUGCUAUGAUAGGCUAGAUCCUUUACAGGGUAUUCUAAUUAACAGCAUCAGCAAUGCUGCACAAGCAGCCAAGCAUGAUGUCAUCGAUUGGACGUGUACAAGAGGAUGGUUAAAUCUUCCUGUUGGGUUUUCCAUGGAACAGGAGAUAUACAAAGCAUCCAACACAUUGAGAAGUUACUCCCAGGUUGCUAGGUUGAAUCCUGAGAGGUCUAUACCCGCAGCUAUUCUUAAAGGAGCUAAAGGUCUGGCAAUCCUAACAGUUGCUAAAGCUGGUGCACUUCUCUCUUACAAACUUGGUACUGGUUUGGUAAUUGCUCGAAGGUCUGAUGGAUCAUGGUCUGCCCCGUCAUCCAUAUUUUCUGUUGGCUUAGGAUGGGGCGCGCAGAUUGGGGGUGAACUUAUGGACUUCAUCAUUGUGCUUCACGAUUUAAAAGCUGUGAAAACAUUUUGUAGUCGCAUGCAUUUUUCUCUUGGUGCUGGGUGUAGUGCUGCCGCAGGACCUAUUGGUAGAGUGCUGGAAGCAGACAUGCGCGCUGGAGACAGAGGUUCUGGAAUGUGCUAUACAUACAGUUGUAGCAAAGGUGCAUUUGUUGGAGUAUCAUUGGAAGGGAACAUUGUGGCCACAAGGAUGGAUACCAAUCUACAGUUUUAUGGUGACCCUUACUUGACGACUUCUGAUAUACUACUCGGAACUGUGGACAGACCAAAGGCUGCUGAGCCCCUGUAUACGGCCCUGAAAAACCUCUACUCCAGUCUACAGUGCUAGUUCCGCUUGCAUCUCCGAUGACUACUUGUUUAAGCUUUCCGUUCAGAACAAUCGACGGGGUUCAGAAUUCUUUUCUUAAUAUUUCACCUUUGGUCUGAAACUGUACAUAGAAGUUAAUAGGUGUUGUCUGUAUAAAGGAAAAGGAAGAUUCAUGCCUGACAAUUAAGUUUUUUAUCCCAAUUGUGAAAUCACUUGGAACUGCUAUUAUAAGCAACCCAUAGAUGUGUAUAUAUCAUAUUAUUUGACAAUGUACCACUGCUGAAAGACUACCCCUUUUGUUGGUUCCGAAAGGGCAUUUUCGG